UCUUGAGGAUUGCUUCAGCCAAGGGGUUCAAUAGGUAACGAUAUAAAGACAUAUAUACAUGAGCUACACUAAUGAUCGUUAUAUCCGAGUUUGUUAUGUCAGAUAUCGUCAUACAGGAGGUUUACCUACAAGGUAUUGCAGGCUACAACGGGCCAUCCAACUGUAAUCCCAAAGUUGAAGUGGAAUCUCCCAAACCUCGAACCUGGACAGCUUUCCGCUUCGAGAUAUUUCAUUGUGUAGCCAUCGAGAAUGGCGUCGAAGCGCGACUAUAUCUCGGAUAAUGACGACCCGUCUCAGCCGUCUAGCAAACGACAGCGCCGUCAGCAGAGUCAGAAAUCAUCAAAACAUGCUGAAAAUAAACGCGAUCCCACGUACGGCCAGCGAGCCGCGUUCCCUGGCCUCAAUGACCGCGAGCCCGCACAACUGACCGACGAUGAUUUGGAGUUUGAGGAAGAUGCAGAUGCCAUUGCAUAUCUCAGAUCCGUUCGACAAGAAGCAAGCAGCGUCCCAACUGUGCUAGUUGCGCCGCGAGCCGGGCCGCUGCUCCCUCCCCAUCUCCAAAACGCCGAAGAUGGCGUAGACAGAAGCCUCUACGACAACGGUGUAGGCGACUCGCGUGGGUACUACCAUGACGGCGCGUACACCGCCGCGCCCGAUCCCGACCUCUCCACUCCCUCGUCGCCCUUCGAACCAGGCGAAUACCACCACCACACCUCCAGCACUAAUUCCGAUGCAGCAGCAGAUCCGGACGUCAUCGCGCGCAACGCCGCGGCGCUGCGAAAAGCCUACUUCGACUCGCUCACCGCGCAGUUCCUCACCCUGCGCUCUCUGCUCCACCAAACCCCGCCGCCGGAACUGGUCGCCUCGCUACCCAAGGAGCACGGCACCUACGUGGGAUCAUUUGGGGCGCACUCGCCGACGUUCCGGGUGUGGACGCGGCGCAUCCGGCACACGGACCCGCUGCCUGCGCAGGUGGCGGCGCUGGACCGGCAGAGCGUGCUCAAGCUUGUGCGCGUCAUACUCGGUGGCAAGUUCAUCCGGCGGGGCUACGAGCUGCGCGAGCGCACCAGCCGCUGGAUCUGGGCGCUGCUCGCCCGCCUGCCCGACAGCGGUCAGAUGGACUACCGCGAGGUGGCCUGGGUGCGCGAGCUGGGCAAGAGGGCCGUGCUCAUGAUGAUGAGCAUCGCGCAGAUGGCGGCGUUGAGGGAGGAGGUUGGGGACGAGUUGGAUGGUGGUGAAUCCUUGCAUGAUGACGGUGAGGAUGAAGAGGAGGAAGCACAGUACAUUGCGGACUUGGUGGUUGAUGAUGACGAUGAGGAGAGUGCUGGGGCCGAAAUUUCCAAAUCAGGCUUGACGACGGUUAACAACAGUGAACCUCAGCCGCCGGUUGUUGAAACCCCUGCUCGUCUCGCUGACCCUCCUGCCAGCGAUCAAGGUGACGAGGUUGAGAUGGACAUGAGUACCGAUGACGGGGAGAUUCACGAUGAGCCAGCCGCGGCCGAGGGCAAUCAAGAUAUGCAGGCUGAGAUUGCAGCGGCCAAAGCACGGCUCCUGGCACGUCUCGAUGAUCCUACAGAUGCAGAACAAGACGAUUCUGCAGCAGGUGUCGAGACAAAUGAUACUGACCGCAACGGAUUGGAAAAUGGCGACGAGAGCGCUGUGUUUGAUGAGACAAGGGCGCGGAUCAACAUGCGAGCCACUCUCAACAUGAUAUUGACAGUCGCUGGUGAGUUUUACGGGCAAAGGGACCUGCUGGAGUUCCGGGAUCCUUUCCCCAUGCUGUAA